AUGAAGAACACAGUACCGCUAUUAAUUGCUUCUGCAGUGUGUGUCACUGCCAACAUUAUCCCAGAAGGUUUCCAUGUUAGGGAAAGGUUGCAAAAUGUUUUAGGCAAUAACCAUUACCAUCCAAUUCUUGAUGAGUAUCUUCAAAGCUCCACAGAGCCAUCUGACUUUGGAUCUUUAACACCAGAAGUUUCGGAGGCAUGGGAAUAUUUGGAGAAGGCAUUCGACAGGUCGGUUAUAGAAGACGCCAUUAAGAGUUACACGCCCGAUUUUGCUUCUAACUCUUUAAAGAGUGCUCCUAAAAUUCCAGAACUUAUCGAUACAAAGAACUUUGAAUAUAUUACAGCAGCAGAUGUUAAAAACUAUGGUUUGAGAGUUAACAGACAUGCAGACUCAGAUCCAGCAUCUUUAGGUGUGGAUACCGUCAAACAAUGGAGUGGCUACUUUGAUUUGAACGAGGAGGAUAAACAUUUGUUCUUUUGGUUUUUUGAAAGUAGGAAUGAUCCUGUAAACGAUCCAGUUAUCUUGUGGCUAAACGGCGGUCCAGGUUGUUCUUCGAUGACAGGGUUAUUCUUUGAAUUAGGUCCUUCUUCAAUCAAUGGAACAACGUUGAAGCCAAUUUACAAUCCAUAUUCUUGGAAUUCUAAUGCGUCUGUGAUUUUCCUUGAACAACCUGUCGGUGUUGGCUACUCCUAUGCCGAAAAAAGUACAACAUCUACAACCCAACAGGCCGCAGAAGAUGUUUAUGCGUUUCUGCAAUUAUUCUUCACUAGAUUCAAUAGUUUUGCGUCUAACGAUUUCCACAUUGCCGGUGAAUCUUAUGCUGGUCACUACAUUCCUAAUAUUGCAAGCGUUAUCACGCAAAAGAGGGGAAAGGUCUUCAACUUAUCCUCUGUUAUGAUAGGAAAUGGUAUCACCGAUGCAUUGACCCAAUACUACUAUUACAUUCCAAUGGCAUGCAAUGCAACUGAAUCGGGAUAUAAACAAUUAGUCUCCGAUGAGGAAUGUGAGGAUAUGGAAAAGAUUUACUCGAGGUGCAAACUACUAAUUAAUUCCUGUUAUCAUGUUAAAAGAGCUUUAACAUGUGUCCCUGCAAACUUGUAUUGCGAGACUAUCAUGAAUCCUUUUGACAAGACCGGAUUAAAUUAUUAUGAUAUCAGAGAACCUUGUGAUGGUGAUGGUUGUUACCCCCAGAUAGCAGCAGUAGAGUCCUAUUUGAAUAAACCUGAAGUUAUGAAAGCAUUAGGCUCGGAAGUUACAAGAUACGUUGGUUGUGAUGACAAGGUUUUCCGUCGUUUCAUCUUAUCAGGGGAUGAGCCAAAGCCAUUUCAGCAGUAUAUUGUCGACUUGCUUGAGCUAGAUAUUCCUGUUUUAAUCUAUGCGGGUGAUAAGGAUUAUAUCUGUAACUGGCUAGGCAAUAAGGCAUGGACAGAUGAUCUCCAAUGGUCUGGAUACAUCACCUACCAAAAUGCAGAGACCAGGAACUGGACUUCCAAAAUUGAUGGCCGAGAUGCAGGUACAGUGAAAUCCAAUGGGCUGUUGACAUUUUUGAGAGUCUUUGAUGCCGGCCACAUGGUUCCUUUCAACCAACCAUCUAAUAGUUUGGAUAUGGUUAACAGAUGGAUUAGUGGGGAUUACAAAUUUGAAAGCUAA